AUGACCAUCGAUCAAACGUGCCAAUCGCUUGAAGAUCUAGGUCAUUUGAAUAGCAUUUUGUCAAGAUGCUCAAACGUCAACGAGCUGCAGCAUUUCAUCCACGUCUUGGAUUCUGAAAAGGAGAAAACCGAUACCGCUAUCAGGACACUUCAUAACUCUAGUUACAAAGAAGAAUCAGCGAGUAUACGAGAAUUAGAGCUUAAAAGAGUUGAACUAUCGGGCACUCUAGGAAACAUGAAGUCUUUAGUUUCCGUUACCACUGAAGCCCAUCAACUUGGGGAUCAGAUUACCACAAAAGUCAAGUACUUGGAUCAAGAAAAGACCAAAGUAUUGCAGACUUACGAGUUCGUGAACAACGUCCAAGUUUUGAAGACAGAGUUGGCCAACGCUCAUUUAAGUAUUCAAAACGAGGACUGGCUCAAAGCCUGUGAAUCAAUCAAUGUAAUUAGACAAUUGCCUGAUUGGGUACUCACUAGUCGAUUUGUCAAUGCCACAGUUCCCACAUCUGCCCUGCCAGACGAACCAAAGGAAGUGCUAGAGGUUUGGAUUAAAGAUUUGAGCCAAAUUCUUACUAAAGAAUUUGACAGAGCAGCCAGUGAGAGAAACCCGGAUAGAAUCACCUAUUAUUUCAAACUUUUCCCUUUAGUUGGCCAACAAUCAAUUGGAAUCAAAAGUUACUCUUCUUUUAUUUGCAAUAUAAUACACGAACAAUCUAGGCUGAAUAUGAAAACGAGUCAAGGAACAAAUACCAGUCAUGCUUUUUUGAUAUUGAAGUUAUUUGAAACAAUUUCCAAUAUUCUCAUCCAACAUUCUAAUGUCAUAAAGAAGCAUUAUGAGCCACGGUACAUAUUGGACGUGAUGCAGAAAAUCCAGAAUGAAUGUGAUCUUCAGUGUGGUUUAAUUUUUGACACAUUCUGGGAUACUCAACGUUUGGACAGAGUUGUUAAUCUGGUAAGAGAGUAUGACUAUCCAGUUUUGGUCGAAGCUCUUACAACGAGCUCCGAAGACAGAUCCAACGUUGAUAGGCAACCAAUUGAUGAAAGAAUUUCGUUAUCAAACAUUGGCGAUCUUUUGAACGAGUUAGCUCUCAUAUUGAACCGUUGGUCAAUGUAUUGCAAGUUCUUCAGCAGUAAGUGGAACGAGUUUAAAAAUGAAGGAGAGCCAGGAAAAACCGAAAUAACGAGCUUACCAGAAGCCCUUUUCAAUAGCGCAUUUAUGAGUAAAAUAAAAGAGAGAAUAAAUCCCGUAUUCGAUACGUUGAGUACGUUUUAUCUCCGACGGUCUUUAGAAAAAGCUUACGAAAUCGAAGAGUUUCCAAACAUCACCAAGAACCUAAACCAGUCAGUUCAACUAGUUUUGACCCAUUCUGUUGAGAGCUUCGUUCCACCUUCAAGUAAGCCAGCCUCAUCAUUAAUAGACGAUUUGGUUUUUGUCUUGAACAAUAUCUACAAGCGCGCAGUAUCCACUGGGCAAUCAAGUAUUAUCAAUAACUUGAUCAAUAGUACUCGCCGUAUCUUAGAGACUAAUUUUUUAUCAAUUGUUGCUAAAGAGUUGAAAGAAACUCACCCUAGAUACAAUACUCAAUUGAUAAACUUCAAAACCAUUCUCACAAACACAGCAACUGCUAGCCGUCAAGGAACACCAGUACCCGCAAAUGAUGACACUUCAUUCAUAAAAAGUGCAACAACUGCAUUGCAGUCGUUAAACUUGAACAAUGAUGAAUCGAACACUGCCAGGAUAUCGAAGUACUUGAUUCUUUUGAACUCAAUAUCUCUAUUCGAUGAAUAUCUGUCUCAGCUGGUUUCAAAUCUACUGAAUGAAGUGGAAACUGACUAUCUAGUGUUUUUGGAGGAAGGAGAAAACAGGAUCAACCGUUUGAACUUAAAGGUGAUAUUAGAGAAUCUUACCGGAAAAAUUCAUGGUAUUUGUGAUGCAUCUUUAACACAGCAUGUAAGGAUACUUUACACGCAAGUAUUCAAACCGAGACUAACCAAACUAACUGUUAAUUUGUUUGCCGAAAAUGAAUUUCUUUUAACCUUGGAGGAAUUCGACUCAAUCGAUAGCAGCAACUCUGAUGGAGUGUCGACAUUUUUGCAAGAAUUCACCCAGUUGACUUUCCCCUAUUACGCUAUUAUGACACAGGACAGUUAUAAUAAGUUGAUUGCCAUGUUUAUCGAUCAAUUGUCGAAAGAUCUGGAGGAAAAGAUUUGGUCUUUGGAAAAUAAAUGUAAUGAGUUAGGGUUGAUAAAAUUGGAAAGAAGCACCAGUGCUUUGAUCACUAGUCUCACGAAGCUAAAUUACAAGUUAAGGGACCGAUUUGUGAGGGUCACCCAAAUUAUUAUGGUCAGUAAUUUAGGAGAUGAUGAGGAAAUAGAUAACCUGGGGGAGAUGCACUGGGUGUUAACUCCAACUGAAAGGUUGAAGGCUAGAAACCUACGGGUUGAUAGGUGA